GACGCGUAUUGCCUGGAGGAUGGCGGACGCCGGCUUUCGCCGCCUGGUUCCUAGCGACUUGUAUCCCCUUGUGCUCUGCUUUCUGGGCGAUAACCCACUCUCAGGAGUAGCCAAUAAGUUCGCCAAAGCGACAGGAGCUACACAGCAAGAUGCCAAUGCCUCUUCCCUCUUGGACAUCUAUAGCUUCUGGCUCAACAGGUCUGCCAAGGCACCAAAGAGGAAGUUACAAGCAAAUGGACCAGUGACUAAGAAGGCUAAGAAGACGACCUCAUCCAGUGACAGCAGUGAGGACAGCAGUGAGGAGGAACAACCUCAAGGGCCUCCAGCUAAGAAGGCUGCUGUACCUGUCAAGCGGGGCACUUUGCCUCAGCAUCCUGCAAAGGCUGUGACUAAAGCAUCAGAGAGCAGCAGUAGUGAAGAAUCCAGUGAUGAGGAGGAAGAGAAAGACAAAAAGAAAAAACCUGUUCAGAAGGGAGUUAAACCCCAAGCCAAGGCAGCCAAAGCUCCUCCUAAGAAGGCCGAGAGCUCAGAUUCUGAUUCUGAUUCAAGCUCAGAUGAUGAGGCACCAAAGAACCAGAAGCCAAAGACAACACCUAUUGUAGCUAAAGCUCAGGCUAAAGCCCCUAUCAAACCAGGAACGUCAGUUCGAACAGCACCUAAAGUAACCAACGGUAAAGCAGCUGGCAGUAGCAGUAGCAGUAGCAGUGAUGACUCAGAGGAAGAGAAGACACCAGCCGUUCACAAGAAGAUACAGACUGUACCUAAAAAAAAAGUCAGUGCCAAAGCUCCAGUGAAAACAGCUGUCAGGUCUACCCAGAAGAGUUCCAGCAGUGAAGACUCCUCCAGUGAAGAGGAAGAGGAUCAGAAAAAACCCAUGAAGAAAAAACCAGGUCCCUACAGUUCAGUCCCCCCACCUUCCACUCCCUCACUGAAGAAGUCCUUGGGAACCCAGGCAUCCAAGAAAGCUAUAGAAAAGAAACAGCCUGUGGAAAGCAGUGAAGACAGCAGUGAUGAGUCUGAUUCCAGUUCUGAGGAAGAAAAGAAACCACCAACUAAGGCAGUCAUCUCUAAAGCAGCCACCAAACCAGCUCCAGCAAAGAAGGCAGCAGAAAGUUUUUCAGACAGUUCAGACUCUGACAGCUCUGAGGACGAAACUCCUUCCAAGCCAGUGAGCAGCAAGAAGAGUUCCUCAAGUAAUAAGCUAGCCACCACUACCAAGACACCUACAGCUAAGGCAGCUACAGCUCCCAAACAGUCUACAGGCAGUGGCCAGAAGCCUUUUAUAAGAAAAGCAGAUAGCAGCUCCAGCGAGGAAGAGAGCAGUUCUAGUGAGGAGGAAAAGGCAGAGAAGACUAUGGCCACCCCAAAGUCCAAGGCAACUGCCAAAGCAGCUCCAUCUCUGCCUGCCAAGCAGGCUCCUCAGGGUGGAAAGGACAGCAGCUCUGAUUCAAACAGCUCCAGUAGUGAGGAGGAAGUGGAAGAGAAGACAUCUAAAUCCCCAGUUAAGCCACAGAAGGCAGCAGCAGGUGUAGCUCCUUCUGAGCCAGCCUCCACAAAGAAAGUAAAGGCUGAGAGCAGCACCAGUUCUUCAUCUGAUGAUUCUAGUGAGGAGGAGGAGGAAGAAAAGCCCAAGGGUAAGGGUACUCCAAGACCACAAGCCCUCAAGGCCAAUGGUACUGCUGCACUGACUUCCCAAAAUGGAAAAGCAGCCAAGGAUGGUGAGGAAGAGGUAGAAGAAAAGAAAAGGACACCAGUGGCAGUUUCCAAGCCAGGUUCAGGCAAGAAGCAAAAGCAGAAUGAAGCUGCUAAGGAGGCAGAGACUCCUCAAGCCAAGAAGAUAAAGCUCCAUACCCCCAACACAUUUCCAAAGAGGAAGAAAGGAGAAAAAAGGGCAUCAUCCCCAUUCCGAAGGGUCAAGGAGGAGGAAAUUGAGGUGGAUUCUCGGGUAGCAGACAACUCAUUCGAUGCCAAGCGAGGUGCAGCUGGAGACUGGGGGGAACGAGCCAAUCAGGUUCUGAAGUUCACCAAAGGCAAAUCCUUCCGGCAUGAGAAAACCAAGAAGAAGCGAGGCAGCUACCGGGGAGGCUCCAUCUCUGUCCAGGUCAAUUCUGUUAAGUUUGACAGUGAAUGACCUGGACCAUCGUUUGUGAUGCAGGGGUGAUGACUGGAGACCACUCAUUCUCAUAAAUGGACCUGGAACCCUCAGUUCUGUUAGGGGAGGAUGUUGGUAAAGACAGAAGUUUAGGGUAGGUCCUAAGACUUUAUAAUAUAAUACCAUCUCUGGUCCUUUUCUGUGUUCCUAGUUUUGUACAGAUUUGUUUUUGAGUGUUGAAUGGCAAGGACAAGGUAAGGGGAAUGUUAUUUUUUAACAAAAAUUAUUUUAGUUGUCCCUUUCUUCCUGUUCUGUGGAAGUACUCAUACUGGGAAAUUUGUAUGUUUUAUAUUAAAUCAUUUCCUAUUGAUUUUUGUUAUGAUUUUUAAAGGUGGAUUCCCAUAGAUAAAAAAAUCUCAGCUAUUAACCAAGACAUAGUAAAGGGUCGAUACAUAUGAGUUUAUAAUUGGAGGAGAAUUCUGCCUUUGAGAGUGUACAUGUCCACAUUUCAUCUCUCCUUCCCUUAAAACCGUGUUGGAGGCCAUUAAAGAAUGAUGAUGUUUGUGUAUA